GGUUCUGAUAAGUACAUUUAAAAUAAAACCAGCUAGCCUCGUUGUAUUUUUCCAGCAUUGUUUAGCCUCUUGUGUAUAUGCAUAAAGUAAAUAACUGGUGGAGAUCUUCUGGACUAGAAUUUUUUAAGAAAUUAAAUACAUCGAUGAAUACCGUAGAAGCAGUGGUCUAAAGAUACCUAUUUCAGCAAUGGGCCACUUUUGCUAGAGUAUGGUAUCUCUUAGAUGGGAAAAUGCAGCCACCUGGCAAACUUGCCUCUAUGGCAUCAAUAAGACUUCAGGGAUUACAUAAACCUGUGUACCAUGAACUGAGUGACUGUGGGGAUCAUGUUGUUAUAAUGAACACAAGACACAUUGCAUUUUCUGGAAACAAAUGGGAACAAAAAGUAUACUCCUCCCACACUGGCUACCCAGGUGGAUUUAGACAAGUAACAGCUGCUCAGCUUCACCUGAAGGAUCCAGUGGCAAUUGUAAAACUAGCUAUUUAUGGCAUGCUACCAAAAAACCUUCACAGAAGAACAAUGAUGCAAAGGUUGCAUCUUUUCCCAGAUGAGGAUAUUCCAGAAGAUAUUCUUAAGAAUUUAGUGGAAGAGCUUCCACAACCACGAAAAAUACCUAAACGUCUGGAUGAGUACACACAAGAAGAAAUAGACGCUUUCCCAAGAUUGUGGACUCCACCUGAAGAUUUUCGGCUAUAAGAGAACAAGAAUUUCAGAAAAUCACAGUGAAGUGAUUGAAACUUUCUUCUGUUGAGUUUCUCUAACCUACAGGAUGGAGUAAAACAACCGCUACCAUUCAGCACCUGUUAUAUGUGCUGAAUGUUUGUGGAGAAAGUUCAGGAAUGUAUAUUCCUUCAAUAGGAAAUUGUAUUAAAAUAUACUAUUUUAUAGAAUUGUUUUUACAUAAUCUGAUUUGAAUGUUAUAGUUGAUAAUAAUAAAAUCACUUACAUGGUU